AUGGCGCCUCCAGACCGCCCCGAUUCUGCUGUCAUGACCGAAGACAGCGACGCGGCCUAUGGCACACCAGCUCAGUCACCUCUCCCGACACCUGGAUUGCGAACUCCUCGAGAAAGCCAGCCGUUCCUUGCUCCAGCGGCACACACGACCGCUCUCGAGACGCAGCCGUCCAUGUCAUUUGUCGGCGCUACGCCUACCGCCACACCGCGUGAUUCGUACGGACCACGGGCUGCAUUGGCCGAUCCCACACCGAAUGGGUCUAAUGCUGCUCUUGCGUCCGAGAAGGCUGCUGUCGUGGGUUCUGCUCGUCGUCCUGUGUGGAAGCGGCCACUUUUCUGGAUGAUUGCAUCUCUUGCGCUUGUGGUGGUCGUUCUUGCAAUCGUCCUUCCAGUCGUAUUAGUCGGGAAGAAGUCGGACGAUGAGAACGAAUCUGGCGACGGCGGCAGCGGAUCGAGCUCUUCCGGGAGUUCUUCUGAUCAUGGAGGUGCCACGAGCGGUGGGAACGGCAGUGAGAUCACCACCGCGAACGGGAAGGUUCUCUACAACAAUCCGUUUGGCGGGAUAUGGAUUGACGACCCUAAAGAUCCCUUCAACGCCAACGCGUAUCCCAAUAGCUGGACGCCGCCUCUCAACACGUCGUGGACCUGGGGAAAGGAGCGAGUUUACGGUGUGAACCUCGGAGGCUGGUUUGUUCUGGAGCCGUAUAUCGUGCCAUCUUUGUUCCAAAAAUACCCGGAGGCUGUCGACGAGUGGACCCUCAGUCAGGCGAUCGCAAACGACACGUCAAGCGGUGGGCUGCAAGCCGUCCUCGAAGAUCACUACAACACGUUCAUUACAGAAGAGGACUUCAUUCAAAUUGCGGGUGCCGGGCUCAACUGGAUAAGACUACCAGUGCCGUAUUGGGCGAUCGAGACGUGGGAAGGCGAACCCUUCCUCGAACGCGUCUGUUGGAAGUAUAUCUUGCGUGCAUUCGACUGGGCCAGGAAGUACGGUCUCCGUAUCUAUCUCGAUCUCCACACCGUACCUGGCUCCCAAAAUGGGUAUAAUCAUUCGGGCAAACUUGGGCAGAUCAACUUCAUGAAGGGCGUCAUGGGACUUGCGAACGCUCAACGCACGCUCUCUUAUAUUCGUAUCAUCACUGAGUUCAUCUCUCAAGAGGAGUACAGGGAUCUAAUACCCUUGUUUGGUAUCGUGAACGAGGUCUUUGUCGGCCAGGUUGGACAAGAUAUCAUAACGUCGUUUUAUGUCGAGGCUAUGGAGAUGAUACGCAACAACGUCACGGGGUAUGGCGCCGGCAAUGGACCAUUCAUCACUAUCCACGAUGGAUUCCUUGGGACAAAUGCAUGGAAGAACUGGAUGAAUGGCACAGACCGCCUAGUGCUCGAUAUGCACCCUUACUUUGCUUUCGACGGUCAGCCGAACACGGAGCCGGUCGCUGUUCCCGAACAAGGCAUGCUCGUGGCUGACGGGGCCAGCGGCGGCGUCUGGCCCCAGCAGGCAUGUUCGGCAUGGCGAGACAACUUCAACGUUUCACAAACCGACUUUGGCGUCACCAUCGCUGGCGAGUUCAGCAACGCGAUCAACGACUGUGGACUCUUUAUCAAUGGCGUCUCCAAUGGCGCGUCGUAUAGUGGCGAUUGCACUCCUUUCAUCGAAUGGGAAAAUUGGAAUCAGACCAUGAAAGACGGUUUCCGCGAAUUCAUGCUUGCUACGAUGGACGCCAUUGAGAACUGGUACUUCUGGACAUGGAAAAUUGGGAACUCGAGCGCGGGAACAGUGCAGGCGCCUCUGUGGAGCUAUCAGCUUGGUCUCGAGAACGGCUGGAUGCCUACUGAUCCUCGUGACUCAGUAGGCAAAUGCGCAUCUCUAGUAGACGGUGCAAGUACCACAGUCGUUGAGACGUAUACCUAUCAGGCGUCACAGACGGGCAAUCCCACUCCUGCGCCGAUACCAGCAACGCUAACGCAAUCUUAUCCCUGGCCACCAACGACUCUUUCGGGAGUGGACGCCGCCGCCUUUGCAUUUGAGCCCACUUACACACCCACUGGUACCGUCAGCACUCUUCCCAUGCCCAGCGUGACGAAGGGAGUGAGUGAGGGAAGCGGAUGGGCCAAUGCACAAGAUCAACAAGGGGCGUUCACGGCCGUGGCGGGAUGUUCCUAUCCCAACGCUUGGGACUCGAAUGGUGUCAUUGCGCCGACAGCGCUUUGUACCGGCUCAGCCGCUGCUCAAAGACGAUGGAUGCCCGCUCCGACUCCAGUGAAGUAA